CUUAGCGGCAUCCGGUUGUUGAAGACUGUUCGUAGGAAGACUGGCUAGCUUGGCGAAACAACAGCUUACGGCGAAAUUGUUCAUUUCAUAACACGAAGGGCAGAAAAGAUAGCUCGGUCAGAUCCACUUCUCAACAAUGGACGCGUUUUUUGUGGAUUUUUCUUAUAUUAUUUGUUUGUCCGUGUUCGCCAGCUCGGCCAGUUAGCUUAGCUGGCUAACUGGCUAAUUAAACCCUGACAAGUGCCCGGCUGCUUGUCUGACUGGUUUACGAAAGAGAACUGUCAAGAGGGAGAAAUUAUGAAGUUAUGUCUUUCAAAUUUUACAGUUGACACACCAGAGUGAUAAGAGGAACCGGUAUGAACAGGAGUUGUAUAAGGCUGUUGGUUUGACUUCGGUAGUGUGGAGUCAUAGAUAUAUCUGUAUCUAUGGUGUGGAGUAAGUACAUUACCGUACAUGAUUUGUGGAGUAGGAUUAUAAUACAGAACAAGCCCGACUGCGUUGGUUUACAAUGAGUCUUAAAUAUGACAACGCGUCGUGAUAACUAAAAUUACAACACGUUUCCUUGACUGCUCUUGUGUGAAGACUAGCCACAUCUGGAAAAUAAAAUUAUUGUAACUUUCUUAUUUAGAUCGCAGGAUUAAUUUGAUUUAGCGUGUUUUCUUUGUGGCAGAGUUAAAUGUAACGUGUUACGUGUUACGUGUCAACGUGUCACACGUGUACAAUAGGUCCGGGUGACAGUCUGGGAAAAUAAACAGGUGUGACUCGCAACCUGUUCACGGGAAGUGGAGCAGCUUUGCACUAUAACUAAUGCCUGGCAUUACUCUAUCGAUUUACACCUCGAUCUCUGGGUACUUGAAAUAAAAACAUUCUUAACUAUUUAAUAGCAUUUAGGGCUGUAAGUGCACAUAUGAAAGCGCACAGUACAUAGUAACUCCUUGACUUCGUCGUCGUGCUUUGGAUGUUUGCUGAGCAACGCAGAUGGAGUGUAGGUGGCCGAGAUUCAGCAACAAGCUAACAUGGUUCCAUGAUGCUUUCCGUACCUAUUGAUGAUUAAGUGGUACAUCUUAGGCAAAGCAAAGACCUGCUAUAUCAUGAUCUCAGAGGUAAAACAUUAAUGGGUUGGUGUGGGUUUGUGGUUCUUAAGGGUUUUUGUGGUUUGUGGUGGUUUGAGCUGUUUGGUUAGGGCGGUGGUAAUGACUAGGUAUUUGCUGUGGGACUGACCAAGUGCCAAACUGUGGUUUUAUGUAUAUUGCUGCAAUCUUGCCCACCUACCACAAUGCCUGCUGUACUGUUCUCGUUGAUGCUACUCGGAGCAUUAUGCAGCCUCGGAGAGGCCAUGUCACGGGAGGAGAAGCUCAGGUUGAGGAACCAAGUGGUUGAGAUGUUUGACCAUGCGUAUCAGAAUUAUAUGGACCAUGCAUACCCAGCCGAUGAGCUGAUGCCACUAACAUGCAGAGGAAGAGUACGUGGGCUUGAACCCAGUCGAGGUGACGUAGACGACGCUCUUGGAAAGUUCUCUCUGACCCUCAUAGACACUCUGGAUACCCUGGUGCUUUUGAACAAGACGACAGAGUUUGAGGCGGCAGUGAGAAGGGUGCUGUCAGAUGUGAGGCUGGACAACGACAUUGUGGUGUCGGUCUUUGAAACCAACAUUCGAGUCCUUGGAGGUCUGUUGGGAGGGCACUCCAUGGCAGUGAUGCUGAAGGAGGGAGGUCAACACAUGCAGUGGUACCAGGAUGAGCUCCUACAUAUGGCCAAAGACCUGGGUCUCCGACUGCUUCCAGCCUUCAACACCAGUAGUGGCCUGCCUUAUCCCAGGGUGAACUUGAAGCACGGUGUCAGGGGUCCUGAGACAAGAACGGGCACAGAAACAGACACCUGCACUGCGUGUGCAGGAACCAUCAUCCUGGAGUUUGCUGCCUUGAGUCGCUUCACUGGGGAUCCUGUGUUUGAGGCCCAUGCCCGGAGAGCUCUGGACUUUCUGUGGGAGAAGAGACAGAGAAACAGCAAUCUGGUGGGAACAACCAUCAACAUCCACUCAGGAGAGUGGGUCCGCAGAGACAGCGGAGUAGGAGCAGGAAUUGACUCGUACUAUGAAUACCUGCUAAAGGCUUACAUCCUCUUGGGAGAUGACCUGUUUCUGGAGAGGUUUAAUAUUCACUAUGCAUCUAUAAUGAAGUACAUUAGCCAGCCUCCACUUCUGCUGGAUGUCCACAUUCACAAACCUCUGCUUCCCGCUCGCACCUGGAUGGACUCUCUGCUGGCCUUCUUCCCUGGACUGCAGGUGUUGAAGGGAGAUAUCCGUCCUGCCAUCGAGACUCAUGAGAUGUUGUAUCAAGUUACAAAGAAGCACAACUUCCUCCCAGAGGCCUUCACUACUGAUUUCAGGGUACACUGGGCCCAACAUCCCCUGAGGCCUGAGUUUGCAGAGAGCACCUAUUUCCUUUACAAGGCCACAGGAGACCCGUAUUACCUGGAGGCAGGCCGCACCAUCCUGGACAACCUCAACCGCUUUGCUCGUGUUCCCUGUGGCUUCGCUGCAAUGAAGGACGUACGCACUGGCAGUCACGAGGACAGAAUGGACUCCUUCUUCCUUGCUGAGAUGUUCAAAUACCUGUUCCUGCUGUUUGCUGAAGCGGAGGACUUACCGUUUGACGUGGAGGACUACAUCUUCACAACCGAGGCCCACCUGCUGCCCCUGUCCCUCUCCACAGCCCCUCACUCUUCAUCUAUUCCCUCAAACAGAACUUCAGAGGAGGAGCUGGACGACUCUAACUUCGAUUGGACCUGCCCUAACACCCGCCUCCUGUUUCCUGACCCCGCCUACCCUCGUAACUUGAGAGACCCAAUCCGUAGUGCUGUGGACAAGAGCUGCCCCCGCCCUGCUCCUUACAGGGAGCCCGGUAUGGGCCGUCCUCCCCUGAGGGCUCAGGACUUCAUGGCAAACAACCAUGAACAUCUGGAGCUGCUGAGGAAAAUGGGAGUCAGUCUUAUUCACCUGAAAGAUGGCAGGGUGCAGCUGGUCCAGCAUGCUACCCAGGCGGUGAGUGCUGUGGCAGCAGAGGACGGCGUGCGUUUCAUGCAGGAGAUGAUGGAGCUGUCCAGCCAGCAGCAGAAAGAGCAGCUGCCUCCCAGAGCCAUUCAGAUCGUCUCACAUCCAUUCUUUGGCCGAGUUGUGCUGACCGCCGGCCCAGCGCAGUUUGGCACAGACCUGUCCAAAAGUUCCACAGGGUUACGAGGCUUUGUGACUGUGGCUGAACCCUACAGCGGCUGUACAGAGAUCACCAAUGCGGAGUAUGUCCAGGGCCACAUCGCUCUGCUUCAGAGGGGCCAGUGCAUGUUUGCGGAGAAGGCCCGACACAUCCAGAAGGCUGGCGCCAUCGGAGGCAUAGUCAUCGAUGACAACGAGGGCAGCAGCAGCGACACGGCUCCCCUGUUUCAGAUGGCCGGGGAUGGCCGCAGCACGGAUGACAUCACCAUGCCUCUCCUCUUCCUCUUCCACAAGGAGGGCAACAUCCUGCUGGAGGCGCUGAAGGAGUACAGAGAGGUGGAGGUGCUGCUGAGCGACAAAGCCAGAGACAGAGAAACCAUAUUCAAAGGUAAACCUCUUCCUGGCAUCCUGAUUGAGGGCAGUAUGGAUGUGCAAGAAGCAAAGGAAGACUGCUUGACUGAGGCAACAACUCCCACCUCAUUUGAACCCAUUAGCCAAUCGCAAGAGAGCACGUUGGAGCUAGACGAAUUGGCUCCUGAGGAGGUUACUCCAUUCCAGGGGGAAGUCAGUCCUGUAGAUCAGGACACUAGUGUGGAAGAGGAAGUUCAACCACCGGAAGAGGAAGCCAGUCCUACAGAGGCCAAGGCGGAUUUGGCAGAGCCUAAAGAGGAGAGAGACUCUGAGGAGAGAGAGAAGCCUGAAGGCGACACAGACUCAAGCAGCCAGUCGGUGGAUGAACUGCUGGCUGAUUGGCGGGAAGACUUGGAGGCGUUCCAGCAGAUGGAGAAGGAUGAGCUCUGACAGACGUCGGGCGUGCCGUGCCCUGUGACUGCGGUUUGAUCCCGCUGUGGGGGAGAAACCUGGAGGGAAUAUGUCUUCACAAGUCACCAGUCUCAAUCUGGUGGACUCAGAGGAUGCUGAGGAGAUGUCUUUAAUGACUGUUUGUUCUCUUGCUCUCUGUUAAUGGUGUCAUGUGCCAAGGCAGCUUACUGUGUCUCUGGACCAUAAGGGAGUCCUUUUUAGCCUGAUAGUUUGUUAAUGGAUAAGAGACCAGGAUUCUUACCUCACAUUCUCAUACAGUUUCUGUGUACCUGUCAUAACAAAGCCCUAAUGAAUGACAUAGUCCAGACUGUAUGUAACAGCGUCUCACUUUCCAUUCCAAAUUCCUUCUCACACUGUUAUUCUCUCUCUAUGCAUUUCGGACUCCUUUUUGCUCAAAUUAAUGCUGGUCCAACAAAUACUAAUUAAUCCAUUGACCAAUUAACUUUAUUUUAAAUGUGAUGAUUAUUUGUGAUAAGACAAUUACUAUCUUUGUGAUCCUGGACCUAAUCUUACGUACACAUCGAUGUGAGUUAAGGACUUAAUUCAUGUGGGGAUUAGUGACAUUGAAUAAGCUGCAGGAUCUUUCUUUAAGGCUUUAUGGUAGACAUACUCAACACCAAACUUGAUUUCUCUGGAGGAUAUAUGAAGUCGUCUGUCAAUGUAAAUAUGUAUUUGUCAAGAUAUAUUGACUGAAACAAUGUAGCGCUGCUUUGCUCAGGUUCUGGUACAAACAACAACCUCUGGACCACAUUGGGUGGAGCGGACACACCCACACCCCGCCACAGGAGGGCGCUAUGACAUCUGUCUGUCAUGCUUUAACUGCUGACUGACUGGAAGGAGCAGAAAUAAGCCACUAAAUUAACCUGAUGAAAUGAAAUAAAAAUUAAGAGAGGAAA